GAACGAAAAUGUGAGAAGACAAAGUCCACAACAACCUCAGACUCUUUAUAUUCAAGAUAGAUACUAGUCCAAAUCCAAUUCAAUCACUUUGGCUUUUUCUUUUUUUCUUUGUUUUUCACGAGAAUCAGAAGAAGCGAAACCCUGAAUCCGCAAACGCCGUCGUUUCGCUUAGACCUCAAAACCAUGAGCUCCUUUAGUUUUUUUUCUUGACAUUAGAAAUUGUGAGCGAGCUCUGCUGCAUUGAAGAAGAAAAGAAAGCAAGAGAGGGGGGACGAGAUGACGAUGACGAUGACGAUGGAGAAGCAGAACAAGAUGAACGACCACGACGACGUUUUGGAGCCGCCGAUCAAUUUCUCGAUGGUGGAGGACGGCAUUUUCAGAUCUGGCUUCCCUCAGCCGGCCAACUUCCCUUUCCUCAAGUCCCUCAAUCUCCGAUCAAUCAUAUAUUUGUGUCCUGAGCCAUAUCCAGAGGAGAAUUUGGAGUUUCUUCGCUCUCAAAACAUUCGGCUCCUCCAAUUCGGAAUCGAGGGAAAGACGGAGUCUGUAGCUAUUCCCAAGGAUACUAUCUUGGAGGCUUUGAAAAUCUUGAUUGAUGUGAGAAACCAUCCUGUGUUGAUCCAUUGCAAGCGUGGGAAGCAUCGGACUGGUUGUCUUGUUGGUUGCCUGCGAAAAUUUCAGAAUUGGUGUUUGUCUUCUGUGUUUGAGGAGUACCAGCGAUUUGCUGGGGUGAAGUCGAGGCCAACAGAUUUGAAAUUCAUAGAGGCAUUUGACAUAAUGCGCUUGAGGCAAUGCCUUUACAGCAUUAUCUACCAGUAUCAAGGUUACGGUUCUAACAAGAGGCGGUUGGUGUACAGAGAUGAGAAGAUACAGAAGCCCCAAACCAUGAAAGUUUAACCUAGCUUGGAGUUGGAGGGCCCUUUAUCCUGAUUUUGCUUGCUACUAGUCUCACUUAGACCUCUCUUUGUUGGGUACAAUAUGAGUCAAGACAGUUAUUAUCCUUGUCUUCUCUUUUACACAGCUUAAAACAUCCUUUUUUACACUUGUUUUCAUCUUCUUCACUUGGUAUCUGCUUAUUUGUUUCGGAAAUGUGAUGGCAAUUGGUAAUUGGUACAGACCAAUUUUCUUCUGUACAAACAACAAGAUUUGUUCAUCUCUUUUCUUUCUAAUUGAUAAAGACCAGUAAAUUCUUGGUACUUGUA